GGUUUAACGUACAGUCAUGAAAUGAGUGUGCAGCUGUCAUGUUGGAAUCAAUAACAGAUGGGUUAUAAUAUGCUAUGCUAGCAGGUGCCACCUCCGUGAAUGAGAUACUUAUGUCAACAAAGCCUAAUAGAAGUCAGAUGGUGGUUUUCAUCAUUACAGACUGGAACUUCCCUGCAUACAUUCUGACCUGAUGCCAUUUGUGAUGUGGCACUGAUCGUUGCUGCGGCAGAAGAAGGCAGCUACUUGGAUUAAUUCCUGCUCUAUCCAGACACAAAGUGAGGAACUCUUUCUGAAGAAGGAUCCACACAAUGCUAGAGACCACAGGACUCUUUUUUGUCUGUUCAGACCAGCCAAUUGAACUAAGAGGAGCAAUCUGAAAAGAAGGCAUCUCCUUGCAUUGGACAGAAUGGAAGAAGCUGAACUGCUGAAGGAAAGAUUUCAGGCCAUAACAGACAAGAGGAAACUGCAAGAAGAAAUCACUCAGAAACGCCUUAAAGUAGAAGAAGAAAAACUAAAACAUCAACACUUGAAGAAAAAAGCUCUACGUGAGAAAUGGCUCUGGGAUGGAUUAAAUACUCUUACUUCAAAAGAACAAGAAGAAAUGCAAAACCAGAAUCGAGAGGAUCAACGACGGAUGAAUGAGUUGGAACAAAAUAUCCUCAGACUUGAGAAAGAAAUUGAGGAUCUUGAGAAAGAAGAACUGACAAUCUCAGCUAAAGAGAAGGCUAUAUUGAAGAAGCUUAAAUCAGUCGAAAGAACCACAGAAGAUAUUAUAAAGUCUGUGAAGAUGGAAAGAGUAGAGACUAAAGAAGAGCCAAUUGAUUACAUUUAUGCCAACAUACCUGACCUUCCAAAAUCUUUCAGACCUUCUGCACUUAAAAGGACAGGGCAUCUAAAAACAGAGGACGAUGAAGAAAAGCGGAGAGCAUUGUUCGCUAUGGAAAUUAAAGUCGAAAAAGACAUGAAGACUGGGGAGAGCACAGUUUUGUCAACAAUACCGCUGCCAUCGGAUGAAUUUAAGGUUGCAGGAGUGAAAGUAUACGAUGAUGGCCGAAAGUCAAUUUAUGCAGUGUGUGCCAAUGGAAGUGUAACAAAUGACAAAGUAGAUGAUCUUGCACCUGUUGAAGUGGAGGACCUUUUAAGGCAAGCAAAUGAAAAACAGUCCAAGUCUCCCACUGAAUAUCAUGAACCAGUAUAUGCAAACCAGUUUUACAGACCCACAACUCCCCAGAAGGAUAAGUUAGUCCAGGGACCAAAUGGUGACAACAGUACUAUUCAAAAUAAGACAAACAGCCUUGACUAUUUUUAUAAUGAGCCUGUCCAUAAAAAAGACAAACAGCAACAACUUGAAGAAAAUGGUCUAGAUCUUGCAAUGAACAAUCAGCACAAUUCUCACUCUUCACUCCUUCAACAAACAGGAAGGUCUCUACAGAUUAGCCCCCAAAAUAAGUUGGUACCUAAUGUUCAAAGAGAGGUUGUACAAGAGGCUGCUGAGCCAUAUCAGAAAAUGAGAGAGAACCAACAAGAUACAAAAUUCAGAAACUCUGUAAACACCAAUGAAAGGUCUUCUCCAGGAACGCUAAAAAGUGAUGAAGAUUCUAGUUAUAACGUGGUCCAAGCUGUGCCAUGUUAUGUGGAUGAUUCAGAACCUGUUACAAUGAUUUUCAUGGGUUACCAGCAUGUGGAUGAUGAAGAACUGAAUAAAAGUGUCUGCGGUUAUGAUGGAAUUAUCCAUGCAGAACUUGUUGUCAUUGAUGAUGAUGGUGAAGAAGAGGACAGCAAAGAGGAGAGUAAACCUGGGAAGCCUUUGUAUCAUCCAGUGGGUCCUUAUAGCCAGGUAUACCAGCCCACCAGCCAAGCAAGUGCAAUUCCGCAGGCAAACCCCAGCAAAACUGCUGGUGACAAUGUAAACAUGUCACCUUAUAAAAAUUCCAUAUCACUCAAGGAACAAGAAGAAAGUUUGAUCUGUUCUACCUACAAUGGUCAACUCAAUGGCCAGUUAUCAGGUGAUGGUACUGAAGAUCCAUCCUUAACAGCUCUGAGAAUGAGAAUGGCGAAACUGGGGAAAAAAGUGAUUUAAAAGCAGCAGUGAUAUAAUACUAAAUAUCUGCCGGUGUGAUGGAAAGCAGAAGAAGAACUUUCUGUGAUUUGGACCUUGACAGCUUUUGCCUGUUCAAAAGAAGCCUACAUAGAAUAGUGGCACUUUACAAUGAAAUGAAUGAAUGGCAAGAGUUGCAAAAAUGUGUGCCUCUAGCUAUUCAGCCUAAUCCAUAUGAACUUCUGAUAAGAAGUUCUGAUGAAGAAUUUCUGAUAACAAUGGGACAUUUCUAAUGAAUACUAUAAUUAUGUAAUAGAAAGCUAAGAGCCAGUAUCUUGAAUGGGACUGCAUCCAAAAGAGUUUUGUUGAGUGAGGGUUAGAUGGCUCAUUUUCAGCUCAUCCGCUAAACCUGGCCAUACAUGUAAGAAUAAAUCCUCCUAUCCUUUCUAAGCCAAUGUUGGAUGGAGGGCUAGAGCCAUCAUUUUUACAUUCCCAUAAAUCAAUUUCUGGGCCUGAUGUGGACAACGGCACAUCAUGAUAUCUACCACUACCCAAAUCUACUUAUCUUACCUAGAGUUUAUCUCCACAUGCUCCUUUGGUUGUUAUUUUAUAAACAGUGGUAAAAGUAAAUACUUUUCUAAGGUUAGGAAAUUCCUGUCAUUGUACCACUCACCUUGAAAAAAGGAAGGCUGAACUAUGUAUUCUAACAAACAGCUUUUGUCAGACUUCAUUCUUUCCCUAUUGGAUGACUAGGGAUGGGGGAAGAUUCAGUUUGCUCCACAUCUGCUGGAUUAUGCUUGGAUCAGAACUAGGGAUAGGGGACAAAUUCAAUUCAUAUUUAAAUCUGAAUUUGUCAAAUUUGCACUUUCUGAAACAAUAUGAGAACCAAAACACAGCCAUCCUUCAAAAGUCACACUUAUCUGAAAAGUGUGGUGGUUUACCAACCACUCAAUGCUUUAAAAAUGCAUAUAUUAAAGGAAAUGCACCUAAAAAUGAAUAUAUUAGUGAAAACAACAUAAAAAUGCAUUAUAUUAAGAGAAAAUGCUUGGAAAAAUGGCUGUGUUAAAAGAAAUUCACACUAAAAUGCUGAACAAUUUUCAUGAGGAUUUUUUUUUAAAGUGAAUUGCUACAGAAAUGUGGAGAACUGAAUUUAAGAUUGGAAAAAUGAGAAACUGAAAGAACCAAAAUUGACAGAUCUUUCCAUCCCUGGAACAGAGCCUACUUAUCUUCAUGUCAUUAGUAAUUUGUAAUAAAUAUUCAGCUGCACAA